CUACAAACCAAUGGCAAGAAGUCAGAAGUGGGAAAAACGAUGAAGUGACAGAGAUGAAAUCUUCACUUGAACCCACAGUUCAGGUUUCUUAGCAACAGAGGCAACACAGAGCACGGAGGACCAAAGGUUUUGAGCCAGAGCCUGUUUUUCAGAGUUUCGGUGGCGGACUCCCCUGGAGUGAAUCAAGUCUCUGCCCUGCUCCUUGUUGGAUUUUAGCUUUCAAGUGUCUGUACGCAGAUUUAAAUCAAACCUCCAGCUCCGAUUCCAAGAAAUGUCGAUAGCACGGACUCCACACUCCCGGGCGACAACAGGAGCGAGGAGCCACAGUCAGACCCCUCAGGUGCCAUUCACCGCCGAAUUUGCCAAGAAGCUGAUGACAAGCAGUCCGCGGUUUGGCGCCUUGAGUCACCCCUCGUUCUUCUCCCGACACAACCCUCAUCCGAACAGGGUGAGGCACAUUCAAGGACUCAACGGUCGUCCUGUGUGCAUGGUGAGGGAUGACUGGUGUGUCACCUCAUCAUUAUACCCUCACCCGCUUCUGAAGAGCCACAUCCUCAGGAGAGCGGCCAAUCCGUCCUUCGCUUCACCACUGUCGGAGGGUCUUUUUGGAGUCAGAAGUAAUAAAAGCAAAUCAGCACUGUUUUCAGAAGCCUGGAGGGAUGAACUGAAAGAACUCGCUGCAAAAGUCAGUUCGGCUUCACAGGCACAGACGGAGAAAAAAGAGGAGCAACCAGAGGAAGAAUUUGUGCGCCGAAAGACUCAAUAUUCAGCUGAAACCGGGAGAAUCAUUCCUCCACCCGCCAAGUCUUACCAACGCAGAUCUCAUUCCCAGGGCCUGGUGUACCCUCAGCUCUUCCAUGAUCAAGAGCUCAUGGUGCUGGAACUACUUUGUCAGAUCCUGCAGACAGACUCCCUGUCCACAGUCCAGCAGUGGCUUCUGCUCACAGGCCAAAGAGAGAAAGACUUGGUGAUGGGAAUGAUCAAACAGGCCCUUGAUGGUGUUGACCCAUCAGGCCAUCAUCAGCACCUCCAGGCUCUUCAUCCCGGUGCUUCUCCGCCCGUAUAUAGUCCGUCAUUCGACCAGUCAUGGAGGAAACCACAGAGAACAAGAGUGAACCGAGCUUUCAAUGUGGACAAGCCAGAGAGGAUCGGUAACGCAGAGGUCCUUGAAGUCCACGUGGCAGCUCAGGAUCAUAUGGAAGAUCCUCCACCUCAGCACACAGAGAGUGUGUAGAGUUCCCAAAUUUUCAUCACUGGCGACAACUGUGUUACAGUGUUCCUUGGAAUGAUGAUUGAUUCCUCCAUGACUUUUGCAUAUAUGCUUAAAAGAUGUUUCUGAGUAACAAAAAGAAUUAAUCAAAAUUAAUGAGAGGACACUAGGGUUAGGGGUUACAUCAUUUGUGGCCUAUAGCACUUCUGGAUGAUCAUGUUUUCUGACUGAGUAAACCAGAGUGGUAAGUUUAUCAAGUGUAGCCUGUUGUUUAAAGGGAUAUUAAGUGUAGAUUAUGACUGGAAAUGUUCAUGUGGUUUUGCGUUAAGUGUCUUGACAGCUAUCAGGCAGAUUGCCUUGAAUUUUCCUCCCAAAACUUUUAAUUCAUCCAAAACAUACUUUGGUUAAACAAAAUUACUUACAUCACUUUCAGCCCUGGAUUUGAUGCCAACAGGCAAAUGUCAUCAUGCUAACACGCUAAACUGAGAUUGCAAUAAACAUUAUACCAGUUUAACAUCA